CGUUGAUCGUCUUACGUCGUUUCAUCCUCAACGGUCAACUGAUGAUUACGAUAUGAGGAGACAAGGAGACCCAAAGACAAGUUAUGAGUUCGUUGCCUGUUUGUGAUUUUGUACAUUAAAAGAGAAGAAAGAAGAGGCAGUAGAUCGUAGUCGUUCGCGUAAACAUUGUCAAUCUAACGUUUGAAGUGCGUCAUAUCACUAGUACCGGGACACCGCGUAACCUUCAUUUGCCGUUCUCGAUACGAGUGAUCUACACACACGUAAAAACCCUGGAAGAAGAAAGUGAAAAAACAGUGUCGUUCUUGGUUUGUGAACUGGGACUGACUGUUGUGAAAGUUAUUUAUUUAUUUAUUUUUUCUUAUUGUUCUUUUACUCACCCAUUUAUCGAAUUGUUGAGUUGGGAUAGUGAAGUAAAAGUAAAAUGGCCAAGAAAACCUACGAUCUUUUAUUCAAAUUGCUAUUGAUUGGCGACUCUGGUGUUGGCAAAACAUGCAUAUUAUUCAGAUUUUCGGACGACGCAUUCACGCCAACGUUUCUAUCUACAAUAGGUAUAGAUUUCAAGAUCAAAACUGUGGAAUUGAGGGGGAAAAAAAUCAAACUACAAAUAUGGGACACAGCUGGCCAGGAGAGAUUCCACACCAUAACAACUUCGUACUACAGAGGAGCCAUGGGCAUAAUGCUCAUCUAUGAUAUUACUAAUGGGAAGAGCUUUGAAAACAUUGUAAAAUGGCUGAGAUAUAUCGAUGAACAUGCUAAUGAAGAUGUUGAAAAGAUGAUACUGGGCAACAAAUGUGACAUGCAUGAAAAGCGUGUCGUUAGCACAGAAAGAGGCGAAGCGAUAGGUAGGGAGCACGGGAUAAAGUUCAUGGAAACCUCCGCAAAGUCAAACGUUAAUAUCGAACGAGCCUUCAUUGAACUUGCAGAGGCUAUUUUGGAAAAAACAGCAGGUAGUGAACCUCAGGAAGCUCCGGAUCGUCUCACAGUGGAUCGCCGAGUUGAAAAAAGUUCAAAUCGCUGUUGCUAGCUGUACAUUAGUUGUAUAACACAUGCAUAAUGAGCUGCGUACCAACUAACGUCGGCUUGAAAUCGUUAGUGGAAUUAGCGAGUACCUAUUAUUUUUAAUUGUUAUUUUUAUAAUAAUUUAAAUUAACAUUAAUGCGUCAGGUAUUGAACAAUGACCAGUUAGCGAGUUCAUUCAUAUUAAACACGGAUUCGGUAUGUAUGUACAUAUGUGGUAAUAGACCAAUGCAUAUAGUAAUAUAUAUGUGAUGGGAAAUGGAGAGAUUGAAGUUUACAAUGCCGAAUUUCAGGUGUUGGAAAUUAAAAUUUAUUAUAGUUCUUUUCUUUUCAUUUUGUAUUUAAAUUCGAAGUAGUUUUCAUCAUAGAAUCAACAAUAGAUAAAUUCAGAAUUUUUACCUUCGGUCUAGAGUCAGAGUCAAUAGAAUCAUGCGCAAUCAAAAAUAAUAAUCUAUUUAAGCAAACAAGCAAUUCAAGUGGCGUUACCAAGUAUCGAAUUUCACCCAAUUCGCCAUUUCACGUGGAAUAUAGUUGAUCACUUUUCAAUUUGAUCGCUAAAUGUUAGUUGAAAGGUGAGAUCGAGUUGAGGCGACGUUUAGAAUAAAUAAUAAUCUAAACAUUGACGAGACGAAAAAAAAAAAUUGCAACUUAUAUCCCACUGGAGAUUUGUCGCUGUCUUCCGAACAAAUGCACGCUAAAAAUUUAGAGCGGUACCAAAUUUUUAUUCGAACUGAUUGUGGACUUCAAAUAUUGAUUUAUUUCUACACAUCAUUGAUCUGCCAUUUGUAUUCUUGAUAAAACUGAAAUUAUACAAUUCUCGUAGUUAUCUUCACAUACUAUUUCGCUAACUUCUAAUAAGUACGUUGCAGUUGUGUGUGUGUAUCAUAGGUAUACAUGAAUAUAUAUGUAUAUACAUCUUGUUCCCGUGCUUAACUCGUAUUGGUACAAGUGCAUUGAUAUACAACCGUGCAUGCUCCCCGUAAUUCCCUGUUUGAGGUUCAAACCUAUCGAGUUAUCCCCGUGAUAUUGUUUUGUUUUUCUUUUGUCCGCACAUUCUAAUGUGGCAAUUAGUUGAUUACUCGCGAUUUUUCUGCUGCAAGUCUUUCGAUAUUGAUGGAAAAGAGAAAAGUAACACAUGUAUUUGCUGCUUCAAUAUAUUCAGUGAUGAUGUCGUACAGUCACGAUUCUGGCAAGCCAUUGCGUAUACACACAUACAUACAUUCAUAGAUAUGUUAUUUUUAAUUAAAUAUAACGAAUAUAUUUCUUGUGAUAAAUUAUGCGCACUAUCGAAUGCUAUUGAGUGUGUAGGUGGUAGACGUAUAAACCAAAAUAAUUUUAUAAUUCGUUUCAAAACCAAUAAAAGUUUUUUUUAUAUGCUGUA